UUGAAGAAUUCUCUCAUUUCUCAAAACAGAGGAGAGUGAGAGUUUUAUUUUAUUUUUAUAUUGCUAAUGUCUGAUCAUAUAAUUAUUUUUCAAUCUUCUUAUACUUUUUAUUUUUAAUUUUGAUUGUUGAGAGAGGCUUUUUCUCCAAUUUUGAUCAUAGUCAGGUUUGUAAAUUUUUCUUAAUUUCUUCAAUUUCUGGGUUUUAAGUUGGAAUUUGAUAUCUGGGUUUGUUGUAUUAAUCAUGGGUUUUGUUUAAUUUUGUUGAUUUUAUAAUACCCAUUUGCAUUUUACCAAAUUUUGAGUGAAUUUAUAUGUUGUGCAUUUAAAAGCUGAAUUUUACAGGGUUUUUGGUGAUUCCACUGUUUCCUAAAUCGUCAAUGUAAUUUGGUUAUCAGUAAUCUUGUAUUUAUAAUGACCAUUGAUUGAUUCAUGGUUGGAUUUUGGGCGCAUUUCAUGCUUUUGUUAGCUUUGAUUUCGCGCUAUAUAGUUUGCACAUUACAUGUUUGUUGAAUUGCCUGUGUGAGAAAAUGUUACAAUUUGAGCUAUCAAGCUAAAAGUUACCAUGUUAUGUAAUAUUUAUGCAGUAUUUGAAUAUAGUGUGAACCCAAAUACUCUAGGUGUAUGGAUUCAACUGAAAUCUUUUGGUUGCUUGCAGGGUUUUUGUUUGGUAAAUUAGGCUCAAAUAGAGCACGAAAAUAUGGAUAAAGGAAAAGGAUCGUCUUGUUCACGUGUGAUUGCGAUAGCCUUGAAUGGGGGUGCUAAAAGCAAAUAUAUAGUACGAUGGGCAAUGGAGAAAUUUAUUCCUGAAGGAAAUGUUGCAUUCAAGUUGUUCCAUGUAUUCCCUAAGAUAACUGGUGUACCUACACCAAUGGGGAAUUUGAUCCCUCUUCCACAAGUGCGAGAUGAUGUAGCAGUCGCUUACAAAAAGGAAAUAGAGUGGCAAAGAACGGAGAUGAUUCUGCCUUUCCAAAGGUUGCUCAAUUCUAAAAAGGUUCAAGCUGAACUUGUCUUGAUUGAAUCAGAAGAUGUUGCAAUUGGAAUAGCAACGGAGAUUACUCGACAUGGAAUCAAGGAACUUGUCAUAGGGGCAUCUUCUAAUGGCUUGUUUGCAAGGAGAGUCAAAGGACAAUUACUGUCAUCUGUGGUGUCAGAUUGUGCUCCAAAAUUCUGCACAGUCUAUGUUGUUUCAAAAGGAAAACUAGAGGCUCUGCGUCCAUCAAAUACGGAAACGAAUGGGAACAUUGUAGAACAUGAAAGCACUGCAACUAAUUCUACCAACAGUUCAUCAAGAUACACAAACAGCACAUUUGACCCUGGAUCGACCUAUUCAGAGUCUCCUUCUUCCUCUCCUAUUGGGUCGCUCAAGCACCCUGAUUCUCUUUCCUGUGUGAAAAAUGGAUAUAAUAAUUCAGGGACAUCUUCAGCAGAACUUGCCAGUUUUCAAUCUGCUAAUACAAGGAAUGUAGAUGAUGCUUCGAUUGCAUGUGUUGGAACACUUACAAGUCAAAGAUCUACUUUCAAAACUGUUGAAGCUGAUAGUGAGUCCUGGAUCACAGAACAAGCUUCCACCAGGAUAUCUAGUUCUUGCUAUGUUCAAGCAUCUGCCUCAAGAUCCCUACCAGCUUCAUCUGUAACGCAGGGGAAUGUCAAUUUAGAGCUUGAGAAGAUGAAAAUUGAAUUGCGUCACAUACGAGGAAUGUAUUCUAUAGCUCAAACUGAAGCAAUAGAUGCUACACGGAGGCUAGGUGAUCUAAGCAAGCUACGGAAAGAGGAAGCAAUGAAGCUCAAGGAGAUAAAUGAAAAGGAGGAGAAAGCCAAAGAGUUGGCAAAAGUAGAAAAGGAAAAAUUUGAAGCUGCAAAAAGGGAAGCUGAUUAUGCUAGGGAACGUGCUCAUAGAGAGGUUAUGCAGAGGAGAGAAGCAGAGCAUAAGGCUGCUCAGGAUGUCAAGGAAAGAGAAAAGCUUAAAAAUGUGCUUGGAGACCCUGUGUACCAUUACCAGAAAUUCUCAUGGGAAGAGAUAGUAUCUGCUACCAACUCAUUCGAUGAAAAACUUAAAAUUGGAGAGGGGUCAUAUGGAUCUGUGUAUAAAUGCAAGUUGCAUUACUCAACAGUGGCCAUAAAAGUACUCCACUCUAAGGAGGGCGCCGACAGCAAGCAAUUUCACCAGGAGUUGGAGAUCUUGAGUAGAAUCCGUCAUCCUCAUCUGCUGCUGCUGCUUGGGGCAUGUCCAGAACAGGGUUGCCUAGUAUAUGAAUACAUGGAAAAUGGAAGUUUGGAAGAUCGGUUGUUGCGAAAAAAUGACACUCCUCCCAUACCAUGGUAUGAGAGGUUUAGAAUAGCAUGGGAGGUCGCAACUGCCCUUGCAUUUCUUCACAACAACAAGCCAAAAGCAAUCAUUCACCGUGACCUAAAACCAGCUAACAUCUUGCUCGAUCAGAAUUUGGUAAGCAAGAUUGGUGAUGCUGGUCUCUGUACAAUGCUUAAUGUGGAUCCAUCCUCCCUUUCUACGUUGACCUUGUAUAAGGAUACAAGCCCUGUAGGUACACUUUGUUACAUAGAUCCUGAGUAUCAAAGGACAGGACUUAUCUCUAUGAAAGCAGAUGUUUAUGCUUUGGGAAUGGUCAUUCUGCAGCUUUUGACAGCAAAACCUGCUGUUGGCAUAACCCAUGUGGUUGAGGAUGCCAUAAAAGGAGGCCGUUUAAUGCAAAUAUUGGAUAAAAACGCUGGAAGAUGGCCCCUGAGAGAGACAGCUGAAAUGGCUCUACUAGGAAUUCAAUGUGCUGAGCUGAGGCGUAAAGAUAGACCAGAUUUGAAAAAUAUUCUUCCUACACUUGAAAGAAUGAAAGAUAUUGCAGAAAAGGCCCGCAAUUUGGUUGCUAAGAUCCUAGUUGCACCACCAAGCCAUUUUAUCUGUCCUAUACUUAAGAAUAUCAUGGAUGACCCGUGUGUAGCCUCCGAUGGAUACACAUAUGACCGCAGAGCAAUAGAGAUGUGGCUUAAAGACAAUGACACUUCUCCAACAACAGAUUUUCCACUGUCAAACAAAAACCUCAUUCCAAACCACACUCUUUCGUAUGCAAUUUCUGAGUGGAAGUCUAAAAGAAGAAUACGUAAUGGUAAUUGUUGAUAAUUAGUGAAGAUUCUUUUGCUACAAUUUUGUAGAUGCCCUGCCUGCACAGAUUGUAACCUUCAUAUUGAUUUUAUCAACUAUGAUUGUUUGCUGUGAUAUUUCAGCAACGAAAUGGUCAUUGUACAGUAGCCAGUCGCUCCUUUGUAAUUGAAAUCUGAUUCCUAGAACUUCUUAUACAUAAUCCGGUAGAUGUUUAAACCCUUUAUCUUUGUGGGAACUGGGGGGUACUUUUUUUUUUAAUCCCAUGACCAAGCACAAAGGUUGUAGAAUAUGCUGUACAUCUAAUACGAAGUAUAUUUUUUAUAUGAAAGAGGAAUGAAUUGAAAUAGUACUCUUCAUAUUAAGCUCUGCUGCAAAUGGUGAUGAAUAUAAGGCAGGGCACACUGCACCACAGCCGAAGUUGGACUGGGAUACUUGAUCGACCUCAGGAGAAUCCUCUAAGCAAUGAGACCUCCAUGCUAGACAACUGUAUAUGUGCCACCACCCCCUCUGAUAACAUUGAUAUGAGUAUGGCUUGUUUUUGUAAGAAAAUUUUCAAUCAUCCCUUGCUUAAUUUGUAAGGUUUGAUUUUCUGAAUUCUAAUAUUCAUAUUGUGGGUGAUGAUCAAUUCCCAAGCCCUCCUAG